AUGGCCCUCCGCCGCCACCUUUCCGCCUUGUUCCGGACGACGACAAUACUCCUCAUUCUCCUCCUUCCUGCAACCACAACCGCCCACUACGUAAACGCCGUGACGAACAAUGACGAUCCCGUCGUCGCUUCGCUCCCCCAGUGCGCCCGGGAGUGCUUCAGCUCGUUUCUGGUGGCCAACUUUGCGGGUGCCCACUGCUCAUCCGACUCUGCGCUCCAAUGCGUCUGCGAGAGGACGGGGGAGUCGGGUUUUACUGCUGGUGAGGGUGCCUUGCAGUGUCUCGCCGCUGCGAAGACGGCGGGUAUCUGCACGGAGGCCGAGGCCGACAGGACAGCGCUGGCUCGGGCUUAUAAUAUGUGCAACGGCCAACCCAACGCUGUCAAGCCCACUCACUCUACCAUCCAAGCCACCCUCGAGCUCUGGGGUUCGUCCCAGCUCGCCGUCCCGAGGCCGAGUAGCAGCGGUGUUACUACCACCGCGUCGACGGCGCUCGUAACCAUGACCCCUCCCGCAUAUACACCCCCCGCCACCUCUACCCCCAAAACCACCGCCGUGCCGGCGCCUCUUCCCACCGAGAGCAACCUGAGCAGCACUCCCGUCACUGACGGCAACGGCGAACAACAGAAAACCCCUCCCAAGUCUACGGGCCUCACAAGGCCCCAGAUCGCCGGCCUAGCCGCCGGUCUCGUGGCCGCCUUCGCAAUCGCCUUCCUAACCAUCUGCAUCUCGCGUCGGCGGCGGAAGAAGUACUUCCCCGACACCGAGACGGGUUUCUUCAUGAAGAAAGAGCGUCUAAGGGCUCUUUCGCGCCAUUUCAGCAUGCAGCCUAAGCACCGCAAUGAGCGGAUCUACGAGAUCUCGGCACCAAUCCACAGCACGCCUCCGCCCCGGUUUCCGAUGGGCAAAUUUGCUCCCGAGGAGAGGCGUCCGGCUCCCGCUGUUCCUCGGCUGUCCCUGCCCGUCGAGGAAUUGGUAUCUCCUGUGGUCAUUGCCCAGGCGCGCCCCGUUGUGCUGGCAGCGGUUGCUAAAUCUAAUAAUAGCUCUGAACAGCCGAAGACGCAGAAGCGACCUACCUUAUCUCUCGCGAUUCCUAAGAGCAAAACUAGUCCUCAACCCGUACUCGUGAACACAGCGCAGAAUAAUAUCCCGAAACGCGAAGACGGGAAGCCUAAACUCACCGUUAACACCUCCACGGCCAUGAACGGCGAGGGAAGUUCCGCCGCUAAGCCGACCAUCAGGCCCGUCAGCAACAGUGAGAACCAAUCCCAGGAGUCUCGCGACGUAGAUGACAGCAGUCCCAUGACGGAGUUUGAGGAGGACGGUAGCGGGGAUAUCAGCCCGACGCAAAUUUGGAGACCGCCGUCCGCCGUGCCGCAGUCAGCUACCGCGGUCUACGUUGCCGAUAAGUUCGGCAACUGGGUGCUUGCUGACGAACGCCAGAAGAGACGCAUCUCUAGAGUUGAACUUGACGGUGGAAAUCCCGUCACGAGGAACUUGACUGCUCGGAGGGCUUCUAACGUUACCCCUCGAAAUACCGAGUCUAAGACCACUGUCCCGACUCAACCUGCUCCUGCUCCUCCUACCACUGUUGCCCAGAAUUACUCCGCUCAGGGAACCCUCCGUCCACCGGCGGAAAUUUACAGGCAAGAAAAUGGCGACGUCCAGCGCGUGGCUUCAGUGGCAUCAAGUGCCGCGUAUCCCCCUUCGAGCGUAUAUCCUCCUUCCGCCACAUACCUCCCGCCUACCAUCUACACCGACAACGCCGGCCCAUGGAACAUCUCAGGGCGAACUCCCCCGGUUCCCGGAAACCCCCUCGUCCCCAAACCCCUCAACCCACGCCAAAAGGGCCGAAACGACCAACUCCUAGGCCAGAACCUCGCCCCGCGACAACAGCAGCCCCCGCGGGCCUCCGCCUACUCCCCGGUGCUUAACCCCUUCCUCGACGCAAGCGGGGUCUCUCCCGUCCGCACAAUAGCCCCCCACAGCGGCCCUUGGGCCCCAAUGUCCAGAAUGGCCCCGCCCCCACCCGCACAAUCCUACAGACCCCCCCAACAACCAAGCCCAACCCUCGGCUUCCAGCGCGCCCCCGUCGGGCCCCAGAACCCGACACAAGUCACAUCUACCCCCGUCACGGCGGCGGCAGCUCAGGCAGCCUACGUCCAACAAUACACAUACCCCGCUGAAGCCCAACAAAUGCAAACUACCCGCGGAACACCCCCAUCCUCGCAGCCUUCCGCCCUCCUAGAAAAACGCCUCGGUCCAGACCGCGCCACAAGCCUGUCGAACCUCGCCAUCUCGUCGGCAGCUGGUGACGCGGCGUCCGAGCCUCAGGACAAUCAGCCGGGUCCGUACAGGAGGAUGGUCCGGGACGCCGAGAGCGGGGAGUACCGGAGCCGAUUGCCCAGUACCCCUUCUUGGAGGCCGUUGUUGACACCUGAGCGGAGGGGUGAUGCUCUUUAUUUGAGUUUGAGGUAA